CCGAGGCGCUCCUGUAAAUAAACACAGACAGUCCAGCCUUGAGGGUGUUCCUGGUCGACAUCCAGUACAAGCCGGAAAUGAUUCUCAGCUACCCAUCAGGAAUUUCAACAGUGACAUACAAGGUGACUCAUCUGCAGUUUACGGCAACCAGAGAGAUGGAACAUACAGUCAAAGUCACAAGCAAAGUCAUCAGAAUGACUUCAUUACUUCCCAGUCACAACAAAUGGUGGAAAACGGCUUUCUUAAACUGAAAAAUGAAGGGGUUGCAAGUCCAAAGGAAGCCAUGAGGCCGGUGGGAGAUGUCAGCGGAAUUAUCUCUAAUGCUAGAAAUAAUUUGAGCCGGCAGACGUCCUCCAACAAACUUCCUCCUUUGCUUUCUGUGGCAGAGGUGGAGAAAAAAGCUGAAAGUGAUUUCCAAUGGGAUAGAAUUCAAAGGAGGUUGCACAGACAACUGCAAAUUAAGGAUAUGGAUUUCAGUGAUUUGAAAGAGGAAGACGAUGUUGAUAUAUUUUCCUCAGCAAUUUUUGAAAGUUCUUCAGCACAUGGUGCACCUCCACCACCACCACCACCUCUUGGUGGUCUUCCACCUCCUGCACCUCCAGCAUUUGGAGAUCUCCUUCCUCCUCCCCCACCACCACCUGGUAGUCUUUCACCAUCACCUCAGGCGAGUGGCCGAUAUGCCUCUCAACAGUUUUUCUCGUCACUUCCGCCUCCUCCUGGAACCGAACUCAGGAAGAGCAAAAAGACUCUGCGUCUUCACUGGCGUGCUCUGCCAGGUGAUAGCUCACAUCCUGCUACCAAAGGAGAGGUCAUUUGGAAGCAUCUAGUCCCUGUCGCCAUCGACACAAAUAAGCUGGAGCAUUUGUUUGAAACAAGAUCAACGGAACUCAAGACCAAG